AGACAGAUGACAGCUACUGGGACAGAGUUGUAAAAACUCCCAGGCAGUGGGGAGUCGAAUAGCCUGCAGAGUGGAAAAGAAACGACUAAUCUAAAAAUAGAAACUAAGCAAAACACCACAACAUUUAUUACACGGACUGGAAUACCAUUUUUGAUUUGUCAAUAUAUUUAAUUAUCGGUUGAAAAAGUGUCUUGUCAUAGUUCUAUCCACUUUUUCAUGCUAGCAAGACAAUUAUCUUACGUUAGCUAGCUAAUAUUCAAGAAUCUACUGUGAUUUUUUUCUACGAUACAAGAACAAGGACGCUUGCCUCUGGAAGGCUAGACAUUUCUUCUGCAACCAGCACUUUUUUAGAUGAAGUUGUAGUUUCUCUCUUUGGUGAUAACUGAACACUGCUGCCUUGGAGAUUUUUGCAACGCUCGGGAAAGAAUCAAAACAAAAAGGAAAAAAGAGAACCUGCGACUUAAAAUCGUACAGUGCAGCAGCUAUGCAGCUUGAAAUCCAAGUAGCACUCAACUUUAUCAUUUCUUAUUUGUACAACAAGCUCCCCCGGCGACGUGUGAACAUCUUUGGUGAAGAGCUGGAACGGCAAUUGAAGAAAAAAUAUGAGGGACACUGGUACCCAGACAAGCCAUAUAAAGGGUCUGGAUUCAGAUGCAUACAUGUAGGGGAAAAAGUGGACCCAGUUGUGGAACAAGCAGCCAAAGAGAGUGGGUUGGACAUUGAAGACGUCCGCAACAACUUGCCCCAGGAUCUUAGUGUGUGGAUCGAUCCUUUUGAGGUGUCUUAUCAGAUCGGAGAAAAGGGACCCGUUAAGGUGCUCUAUGUGGAUGAUAACAGUGAGAACGGGUCAGAGUUGGACAAGGAGAUCAAGAACAGCUUUAACCCAGAGGCCCAGGUGUUCAUGCCAAUCAGUGACCCAGUGGGGCCCUCUUCAGAGUCCAGCUCCCCGUCACCUCCCUUUGGUCAGUCUGCUGCCGUCAGCCCCUCUUUCAUGCCGCGCUCCACCCAGCCUUUAACGUUCACCACUGCCACGUUUGCUGCCACCAAGUUCGGGUCGACCAAAAUGAAGAACAGUGGCCGCAACAAUAGCAAGGUCGCGCGCACAUCGCCCACCAACCUGGGCCUGAAUGUGAACAACCUCUUGAAGCAGAAAGCCAUCUCCACGUCAAUGCAUUCUCUGUACGGGCUCGGCCUGGGCAGCCAGCAGCAGAAGUCCUCUGCACUUUCCCCAAAUGCAAAGGAGUUUGUGUUCCCAAACCUCCAGGGGCAGGGCAGCACCAGUGCAAUGUUCCCAGGCGACAACUCCAUCAGUCUCAGUCCUCUGCAGUACAGUAAUGCCUUUGAUGUGUUUGCAGCUUACGGUGGCCUCAAUGAGAAGUCACUUAUGGAUGGCCUAAACUUCAGCCUGAACAACAUGCAGUAUUCUAACCAGCAAUUCCAGCCAGUCAUGGCUAACUAAUAAACAAAAAGAUGCAUCUAUAAGUAAUGAUCGUGAUGUUGGGGGGAAACGCACAUUUAAAAAAACAAACAAACAAACGAAAAAAAAAAAGAAAUUGCAUAAAAAGAAAUGACAAAUGUCAGUUUAAAGAUCCUUGUUAAAGUCGUCGAAGUCAAAGCGCAUGUGCCCAAGGGUGUUUUUUGUGCCCCCUUGAGUUUGUUUUUACAAAAGCUUGUAGUACAAACAUGUCCAAGCUUGGUUACUUAAAUUCUACAUGCAUCAUUGUGUUUUUUUUUCUUCUUUGUUUUGUUUCUUUUUAUUUUUGCCAACCAAGCACAAAAUAAUUUUUUACUAUGUUUUAAAAAAAAUAUACUCUAAAAGAUGAAAAAACAACAAACAUACCAAGUUAUGGCCUCUUACAGUAUUUAAACGUUAGUAAGACAUGGCUGAUUUUUAAGAAUUGGCUCUAAUGAAUAAAUGGGGUUACUUGGUCUUUUUUCUAAUUGUAUAAUUUAAUUUAGUACAGAGUUUGUAAAAUAUCAGAGUAUAUAUUGUUUCUACGACAUGGUAUUGCAUUUAUAUCUUUUUACUACUCCAGUGAUCUGUGAUGGCUGCAGCAGCUUUACGUUAUAUUUUUGUUUUCUUUUUUUUUAAGGAAAAUUGUAAAACAAAUGAAUCCAUCUUUAAAAACAUCAACUAUUCUAAAGAUUGUGUACAGAAUAUUCCUUAGUGGUGGAAUUAAAGUGUAGGAAUAUUUGCUUUUUUUGAAACAUAAGAGUUGUAUUUUCUGUUAAGAGUUUAAAGAUUUUGCUAUAUUAUGGACAAAAUGUAAUCGUAUAUAUUAAUUUUGUACCUACAUUGUGCAAUACUUGAUAAAAACGGUAUAACAAAGUAUUUUGAGUCAGUGUCUUACAUGUCAAGAGGGACUGAAAUAGUUUAUAUUGUUAAGUUUGUAUUAAAAUGCUUCAAAAAUGAUAUGCUUGUCUUUAUUUUUUUUAAUUUCAUAUUUGCAUCCUGGCCUUUUUAAUAAAAUAAACUACAGUCAAAA